UCAGCAAUCCCGCUCCCAGCAAGCAAGCCGGCAUUGUGCCUCGACAAUGGGGAGGUCUCCCUGCUGCGACAAGGCGAGCGUGAAGCGAGGGCCGUGGUCGCGGGAGGAGGACGCCGUCCUCCGGAACUUCGUCCAGAGGUUCGCCAAUGCCGGCAACUGGAUCACGCUGCCACACAAAGCAGGUACCGUAUACGUGGCUGCCACGGCCGCCGGCCGCCGGCAAAGAAAGAACGCGCGUGCCGGAGCAAAUCUUUCGUCGGCGCGCCGUACUACGUACAUACCAGUUGUAUCUUGUAUGUACGAGUACGUGCCUUUCGGUUAGUGGUAAACAGUGGUAAAAGGAAAUGAGGUUCGUCGGCUAGCAGUGGGAUGAGUGAGUUGCAACGUCUCUGUCUAGCUAGCAAGGUUGGUUGACAGUUGACACUUGACACAGUUUACCUGGUUAUUUAAUUGACAGUCACAUCAUGCACCUACGCUACGCAAGCUUAUCAUCUAUUCUGUGGCACAGUGCACGCGUGCGGCAGACGUCAAGAGUAUUUCUUCACUCUGCAAGCGCUUUACCUUGUCUCUAGUUCCGUUUCUAAUCUGCAUAUGCAUCACGUACCAGGGCUUAACCGCUGCGGUAAGAGCUGCCGUCUCCGGUGGCUCAACUACCUCCGCCCCGCGCUCCGGCACGGCGGCUUCACCGAGGAGGAGGACGACCUCAUACUGUCCCUCUACGGCGAGAUAGGAAGCAGGUGGUCGGUGAUCGCGGCCAAGCUCCCCGGCCGAACAGAUAACGACGUCAAGAACCACUGGAACACCAAGCUCAAGAAGAGAUACUUGCUGACCACGGCGCCAUCGACUCCUCCUAUAGGCGAUGACAACGUCCCGGUCCGGGCCAACGACAGCCCUCCCGGAGAAGAUCAGUCGUCCCUCUCCCCCCUUCCUCCUGCCCUGGUGAAUCUCGACGCGGCCCUCGCCACGCUCGACGACGGCGGAGAGCUCACGCAACAAUCGGAGCAGCUGUACGCCGAGCUCAUGGGGCUCAUCGAGCCGCGGUCCGCUAGCCAUACGUCUACCGGGGAGGUGAUGUCGUCGGGGUCGUCAUCGACGCCGCCACCGUUCGGAACAAGUCCGACGGCCAGUAGCUUUGGAGCAGGGAGCAGCGCUACGUGGCCAGUGGACGUGCAUGAGCGUGACACAAUACUGUGGCCGGAGUCUAGCGGCAACGGCAUGGUUGAAUUUGACGAUCCUUGCGUUGCUCGCACUUUCAGCCCGGCGUCCACGCCCGACUCUUUCCAAGAUUUGUUGGCCUCAUCUUACGACGAGGUCAUGGCGACGCAAGCGUUGAUGUACUACUAGCUAGGAACGAAUUGGUCCAAGGUUCUGAAUUAGCGUCGUAACUUGUGCAUAUAAUUAGAUAUACCAUUUCUAAGUUGUUUUACUAUUUCUAUAUAAGUUGUA